AUGUCUCUCUCUACUCUAGUUGACCCCGAAUUUACAAAGGCUUUACCAAAGGUCGAGUUGCAUGCCCAUCUGAGUGGCAGUAUCAGUCGCCAAUGUCUUCACGAAAUAUGGCAGCGAAAGAAGACUGAAGACCCCAGUUUCACAGUGGAAGAUCCCUUGGUGCUUAUGCCCCCGGGCAAAGUCGACUUUACCCUGCAAACCUUCUUCUCAGUCUUCUCUAAGCUCAUCUACCAGCUAUGCAAUGACCUUGAAAGCCUAGCAUAUGCAACAAACUCCGCCCUGGAAGAUUUUCUCAACGAUGGAGUCUGCUACCUGGAACUCCGAACAAUCCCUCGACCAUCCCCAGAAGCCAACAUAACCAGAGAAGACUACCUGAAUACCAUACUGGACACCGUCGACAAAUUCAAAGCUAGAACUCAAGAAAUGUCCGUGUUCCUCAUUCUUGCCUUAGACCGAGGUCACACAACCACCAGCGAAGCACGCGAGAUAAUUGAUCUCGCCAUCGCCAACAAACCGCGCGGGGUUGUCGGCGUCGACAUCUGCGGGAACCCGACGCGGGGCGACGUCACCCUCUAUCGGGAUGCAUUCGCCCGGGCAAAGGACCAUGGGCUCGGACUCACCCUGCACUUUGCCGAGACACGCGCAUCAGGGACACCGGCCGAGUUAGCUACCUUGCUUUCCUUCCAGCCCGAUCGGCUUGGGCACGUCAUACAUGUUCCUGAUGAGUUCAAACGGGAGAUUAUCAGGCGCCGGAUUGGGCUGGAGCUGUGCAUGUCUUGUAAUGUGCAUGCGAAGCUGAUUGACGGGGACUUUUUGGACCAUCAUUUUGGGGAGUGGAGGCAUACUGAUUGUCCGAUUGCGUUGUGUGUCCGUUUGCCCCUCGAUAUUUGA